GAUCUCAUUGUCCUCUGAUGCUCCAGUUAGGCACAUGGUGCCCCGAACCCUCCUGCUGCUCUCGGGGACCCUGGCCCUGACCCAGACCUGGGAGGGCCCCCACAGCCUGACGUACUUCCACACCGCCGUGCACGGACCGGGUGGCGAGGGGUACCGGUACACAGUCGUCGGCUACGUGGACGACUCGGAGAUCUUGGGGUUCGACAGCAACACACCGAGGCCCAGGCUGCAGGCGCGGAUGCAGUGGAUGGAGCAGCUGUGGGAGGAGCAAGGGGAUACACCUUUUUGGGAGGAGCACACCCGGGAAAUCAAGCUCAACGAACACAUCUCCCGGGAUAACCUGAACAGGCUGCGCGCCCACUACAACCAGAGCGAGGACGGGUCUCACACUUGGCAGGAAAUGACCGGCUGCGUCGUGCGGUCAAAGGGGAGCUUCCUCCGCGGGUUCAGUAAGUUCGCCUACGACGGCACCGACUACGUCGCCCUGAACGAGGACCUGCGCUCCUGGACCACCUCAGCCUCGGAGAUCAGCUGGAACAACGUUGUGCGGGUCCCUGACGCGGAUGUCCGGAGGGUCUUCCUGGAGGACACGUGUGUGCACUGGCUCCUCCAGCUCCUGGAGAAGGGGAAGGGGACGCUGCUCAGAGCAGACCCUCCAAAGACACAAGUGACCCACCACCCCACCUCUGACCAUGAGGUCACCCUGAAGUGCUGGGCCCUGGGCUUCUACCCUGCGGACAUCACCCUGACCUGGCAGCGUGAUGGAGAGGACCUGACACAGGACAUGGAGCUUGUGGAGACUAGGCCUGCAGGGGACGGGACCUUCCAGAAGUGGGCAGCUGUGGCCGUGCCCCUUGGAGAGGAGCAGAGAUACACGUGCCGUGUGCAGCACCAGGGGCUGCCUGAGCCCCUGACCCUGAGAUGGGGUGAGAAGAGGAUGUGGGCACAGAGCCUCUCCUCAGGGUGUCCCUGAGCAGGGUCAGGACUCAGGCCUGAGGUUGGCCUCUCACCUUCCCC